UUUGGUUAAAAGACCAGGCCAUUCCGUUGGCCGAGCACCCUGCCCCUAUUUGUGAAAUGAAAGGUAAAUUCCUCAGACAUUUCUUGCAGAAUACAUCUGGAAUUACAUGGCGGAUUUUGACAUGGGGCUUGUCUCUUUGUCGGGUUUAUUUUUCUUAAGGGUUGGUUAGCCACCGAAAAUUUAAGGCAACGGGUGGGUACCGUGGACCAGCCCUGGCGUCUCAAACGAAAACCACCAUAAAUAAUGCUUGGUCCUGCUGCAAUGGAAGUAAACAGGGAUGAGGCAGAACGCUGCAUUGACAUUGCAAUCACUGCGUUAACAAAUAACCAACCUGAAAAAGCCCAGCGAUUUCUAGAGAAGGGACAGAGACUUUUUCCGACUGAAAAGGCUAACGCAUUGCUGGAGUUGAUUGCAAAGAAUGGAUUUGCCCCGUGCGAAAGUAACCUCUCAGGAGCCAGUGAAAGCACAGGCACUGGUCACUCAAAGCUUGGGGAAGGUGGGAGGACAUCUCAAGAAAAGGCUUCACAUACCCCUUCAUAUACCUCAGACCAAAUGGAUGCAGUCAAGAGAAUAAAACAAUGUAAUGACUUUUAUGAAAUUCUUGGAGUUAAAAAAGAUGCCUCUGAAGAUGAUCUGAAGAAGUCAUACAGAAAACUUGCAUUAAAAUUCCAUCCAGACAAAAACCAAGCACCUGGUGCAACAGAGGCAUUUAAAGCCAUUGGAAAUGCAUAUGCUGUUCUGAGUCACUCUGACAAAAGGAGACAGUAUGAUCAGUGUGGAGAGGAAAGAAAAAACCUGUCGAGACAAGGGCAAACCAAUAGGAACUUUGAGGCAGAUAUUUCACCCGAGGAUCUCUUUAAUAUGUUCUUUGGGGGUGGCUUCCCAUCAAGUAAUGCCAAUGUAUACAGCAACGGAAGAAUGCGCUUUCAGAGACCAGAGAGAAGAGAGCGACAGAGAGAUGGAGGCUUUGCACUCUUCAUCCAGGUUAUGCCUAUCCUCAUCCUGGUCAUUGUGUCAGCCCUCAGUCAGAUAAUGGUCUCCAGUCCCAUCUACAGUCUCAGCUUUCGACCGUCAGUAGGUCACACACACAAGAGGCUGACUGAGACCCUCAGGGUGCCCUAUUACGUGGGCGAUCACUUUACCAGGGACAACAAGGGAAUUAAUUUGAAGAACGUGGAGAGGAAUGUGGAAGAUGAAUAUAUCUCCAACCUCCGAAACAACUGCUGGAAGGAGAAACAACAGAAAGAGGGCUUGCUGUACAGAGCACGAUAUUUUGGAGACAACGAAGUGUACCUGAGAGCACAGAAGAUGGGCACACCAAGUUGCUCAAGAUUAUCUGAGAUCACAACUUCCAUACAUGGUUAAAAUAUGUCCUAUUGUAAGCAUAGGGACCACGUCUGCUUGGAUAAAAGAAAAAUACAUUCUGGAGAGGCAUUUGAGCACAACUGGGUGCUUGUUUAGGGAAAUGGGUUGAAAAAUUCCCCUUCCGCUGAAGUGCUCACUCAUCACUGUGUACUGUACAGUAGAGUGGGGGCUGGCCCUCGUUGACUUGUCUGGUGUCUCUGUCAUUGGUGUUUGUGUAAUUUAGUUAUUUUUGGUUUGACAUCCUACCUUUUAUGAAUUUAUCCACACAAAAACUUCAAGAAGAUACUGCUUACAAUCACAAGACCUCCUUUGUUGGCAGUUCCCACUGUCCGCAGAGAUGGGCAGAAAGGCUUUUGAGGUUGCUGCUCCCGCUCCAUGAAAUUCUUAAAUCUGACCUGAAGAUGCCGGAGCAUGUAGCACUGGCUGUGUUUCAAGAUAUAGAAAAUUUUGGAGGAGGGCCUACUUGUCAGUGCUUUUAAAAUUGUGAAUCCUUUAAUUGUGGCUAUAUUUAUUGGCAUUGGAUCAUAUGGUUGCUGUGUUUUGCCCUAUGUUGUGCUAUGUGUUUUAAAUUGGUUUUGGCUUGUUGAUAGUCUUGGCCAGACACUCCUUUUCCGAGUUAAAUAAAAACUAGGUUGUCCAUAAGCCAGUAAACCUUUCACAGUCCACCCAUAGUAAUACCAAAGUGUAAACAUCCACAGAAAGGAUGGAACAUUGAAUGUUAAUAAAAAAUAAU